AUGCUUCCCUCCCUAUGUGCAGCGCUUAGUCUGAUAUCGAGCCUUCCAUUCGCUGAUGGAAUGCACCAUAUGGCGAGCGUGGCGCCUCGUCGCGUAGACCGGAGGAAAGAACCCGUUACCCCUCUGCUCAUCACCAACAACUGCCCCGAAACCAUCUGGCCUGGGAUUAGAACUCAAUCUGGAGAUGGACCUGCGAAGCAAGGCUUUGAACUGCAGCCUGGCAAGACAUCCAACCAGACAGUGUCAGAGGACUGGCAGGGGCGCGUAUGGGGCCGGACGAAUUGCACUUUCAACGAGGACGGCACUGGUCCGAAGGAAGGCAGUGGGCGGGCGUGCAAGUCUGGAGACUGCUAUGGCGUUCUGGACUGUAAGGUCGGGGGUGACGUUCCAGUGUCCCUCGCCGAGUUCACUCUGGAUGCAGGUGAUGGACAUACCUAUUACGACAUCUCACUUGUUGACGGGUACAAUCUUCCGAUGGCGAUAGUGCUUCAACCACUUCAGAAUAUGAGCCUGGAAGAUAUACCUCCGAAUCUAGUCCAUCCGUCAUGUCAAGGGACGUUUGGUCUCUUGGAACAGCCGGGCUACGAUCCAUACACCAGUGGCCACGAAAAUUUCCUCCGGACCAACAGCUCUUACCCAUUGGAUUUCGAUCAAAAGGUCAACGACAAACAGGUCUCCCGGUGGUGUCCGUGGGAUCUGCAGCAGGAGCCCCCCGAGAAGCCCGGCGAUGGUGUGUACCCUUACCCUGACGAUAACAUCCAGCGGCCCGCAUUCAAUCCCUGCUUCUCGGCCUGUGCGAAGAACAAUCGUCCCGAAGACUGCUGCACGGGAGAGUACAAUUCGCCGGACGUUUGCAAACCCGGCGACUACUCAAAAUCAGUGAAGAAAAUCUGCCCAGAUGCUUACAGCUUUGCAUAUGACGACCAACUCUCUACCUUUAUCAUCCCAUCAGGCGCUGGGUUCGAGGUCGUUUUCUGCCCGGGUGCGCGCUCCACAAAUAUUCUGGCCACAAACGCAGAGGCUAUGCGUCAGCUUGCUCAAGAUGGGCGUGUAUCCAAGGAGAAGAACAGUCAAUCUGCAAUGUCGAUGAAAAAAAUCAGGGCCGAUGUAGUCCGACGCAGUGAUGGAAUGCGGAGCAUCCGAUUGGACAGUACCGCCCUCAUGGUAACUUUCUUCAUGGCUGCAUGCACUGUACCACAAACGGCCUCAAGUGCUCCGGCCAAGUCGCAACGUCCUUACCUCUUUGUCGGCGUGUUCUGCGUGUGUGCCGUUGAUUGUCCUCGUCCUGCAUCACAGCUACCAUCGACGUCCCUGUCAACGUCGUCAUCGACCUCAGUUGCUGUUAUCGAUAUCAAGCACCCCUCCAAAACCGAAACCAUGGCCCAAGCUCUCAACGUCCACGAGCUCUCUGAGGGCUGGUCCUUCAAGCAAGCAGAUGAUACCGCAGCAGACGCCUGGUUGUCCGUCGCUCGCGUCCCAACUAAUGUCCAUCUGGACUUAAUUGAUCAUGGAAAAAUCCCCGACCCCUUCCUAGGCUUCAACGAGCUCAAGGCCGAAUGGGUCGCCGACAAGACAUGGACGUACAAGACCAAGCUGCCCUCCGUCGAAGCUUCCAAGGACGGCGUCGUCCACGUCCUCGCCUUCGACGGCCUCGACACAUUCGCGACUGUAAAGCUUAACGGCGACGUCAUCCUGAAGAGCGACAACAUGUUCAUCCCGCACCGCAUCGACGUGACGAAGCAAUUGAAACCCGGAUCCGACAACGUCUUGGAGAUCGAUUUCGCCUCGGCACGCCUGGAGGCCAUUAAGAUCCGUGAGGCGCAUCCCGAGCACCAAUGGGUUGGUUUCAAUGGCGAUAUGUCUCGUCUCGCUGUGCGGAAGGCACAAUACCACUGGGGAUGGGACUGGGGCCCGAUUCUCAACACCUGCGGUCCAUGGCGUCCAGUCCGACUGGAGACAUACCAGUCUAGAAUCUCGGACCUUCGCGUCGACUACAAACUCUCGGACAACCUUCAGACGGUGAGCGGCACCAUCACCGCAAAGGUCGAGGGCGUAUCUGGAAACAGCGUCGCCUUCGAGGUUCGCGACGGCGAGAACGCGGUGUUCAAAGAGACGGCCUCCGUCAGCGACGGCGUAGCCACCGUCGAGUUCCACGUCAAGGAGCCCAAGCUGUGGUUCCCGCACGGCUACGGUCCACAGUCCCUGUACAAAGUGACCGCGGUGGUGUCGUCGGCGGACGGCGUCGAGCUGCACCAGUCCAGCCGUCGUACCGGCUUCCGCAAGGGAGAGCUCGUCCAGCAGCCCGACGAGAUCGGAAAGACGUUUUACUUCCGCAUCAACAACGUCGACGUCUUCUGCGGCGGGUCCGACUGGAUUCCAGCGGAUUCGUUCACGCCCCGCGUCACGGAGGAGAGGUACCGCAAGUGGUUGGAGAUGAUGGUGGAUGGAUACCAGGUCAUGAUUCGCAUCUGGGGCGGAGGUAUCUGGGAAGAAAACAUCUUCUACGACAUCUGCGACGAGAUCGGCGUGCUGGUCUGGCAGGAUUUCAUGUUCGGCUGCGGAAACUACCCAGCGUUCCCGGAGAUCCUCAAGUCGAUCGAGCAGGAGUGCACCGCCAACGUCGGCAGGCUACGACACCAUCCCUCGAUCGCAAUCUACGCCGGCAACAACGAGGAUUACCAAGUGCAGGAGUCUUACGGCCUGACUUACAACUACGAAGACAAGGACCCGGAGAACUGGCUCAAGACCGAUUUCCCCGCGAGAUAUAUUUAUGAGAAGGUAAGCUGUCUCAAAUGUAUAAUACUACCCGAAGUUGUCGAGGCAGAAAGCCCUCACAUCCCGUACCACCCGGGAAGCCCAUGGGGCGAUGGCUUGAAGACGUCGAACAAGACGGUUGGAGACAUGCAUCAGUGGAACGUAUGGCACGGCACGCAGGAGAAGUAUCAAAUCUUCGACACCCUCGGCGGACGCUUCAACAGCGAGUUUGGCAUGGAGGCCUUCCCGCACAUCGACACGAUCAAGUACUACUGCACGGAUCCGACACAACUGUACCCGCAAUCACACAUGCUCGACUUCCACAACAAGGCCGACGGCCACGAGCGACGCAUCGCGACCUACUUGGUGGAGAAUUUCAGGACCCAGACCGACCUAGAGGCAUUUAUCCACCUGACGCAACUGUCGCAAGCGGAGGCGUUAAUGUUUGGGUACCGUGGAUGGCGCAGGCAGUGGGGCCAGAAGCGGUUCUGCGGAGGCGCCCUGGUAUGGCAGCUCAACGACUGCUGGCCCGUCACCUCGUGGUCCAUCGUCGACUACUUCCAGCGCAAGAAGCCGGCGUACUACGCCAUGAGGCGCGUGCUGGCGCCCGUCGCCGUCGCCGUCAAGCGCGCCCACUUCGACUGGAGCGUCGUCCACGCCCGCGUGCCGCCGACCAGCGACUUCGAGUUGUGGGUCGCGAGCGGCAAGACGGAGGAGCUGACGGCCACCGUGGAGCUGCGCUUCAUCUCCAUCGCGACCGGCAAGGAGAUCAAGGACAAGGUUGUCAAGAAGGACAUCAGAGUGGUAGCGAACGGCACGACGGACGUGCUAUCGGGCACGAUUGACAAUGUCAACGAGGAGCCACACGUCCUGGCCGCAAGGAUAUGGGUCGACGGGGAGAUUGUCUCGCGCGAUUGCGAUUGGCCGCAGCCGCUCAAGUACCUCGACUUCCACGACCGAGGCCUCGAGGUCGAGCCCAGGGGCGACACGAUUCUCGUCAGGGCCAGCAAGCCGACCAAGGGUCUGGUGUUCGAGGAGAGGGCCGGCGUGCUGGUCAACGACUCCGCAAUCGAUGUCGUCCCAGGCGACGAGCAGGUCAUCAAGGUCAGGGGACUCGGCGCAAACGACGCUGCGCUCAAGUGGACAUAUCUUGGCAAGGAAUAA